UUUGAAACGGACCAAUGAGAGCAGAGCUCUGCUGUGAACGCGUCCAAUCAGAGAAGAGCGUCGAUGAGCGGCAGAGCAGCAGCAGAGAAGAGCGGCGCGAUGACCGGAGCCAAUGAGUUCAAGCUGACCCAGGGUCCGGAGGACAGCGUCUCGGCUGUGAAGUUCAGCCCGAGCUCGGCUCAGUUCCUGCUGGUGUCGUCGUGGGACUGUACGGUCCGUCUGUUUGACGUCAGCGCUAACAGCAUGAGGAUGAAGUACCAGCAUCUGGCGCCGGUGCUGGACUGCGCUUUCUAUGAUCCGGCUCAUGCGUGGAGCGGCGGUCUGGACAACCAGCUGAAGACGCACGAUCUGAACACGGAUCAGGACACGAUCGUGGGGACACACGACGCUCCCAUCCGCUGCGUGGAGUACUGUCCGGAGGUCAACGUGAUGGUGACGGGCAGCUGGGACAUGUCUGUGAGGCUCUGGGACCCUAGAACGCCCUGCAACGCCGGGACCUUCACGCAGCCGGAGAAGGUCUACACGCUGUCUGUGGCUGUCUACACGCUGGCUGUGUUUCAGCUGUCUGUGUCUGUUUUUCAGCUGUCUGUGUCUGUUUUUCAGCUGUCUGGCUGUGUUUCAGCUGAGUGUUUGGUUAGACUGGCGUUGGUCAUGUUGACGAGGUGUGUGUGUUUUCAGGGUUACGUGUUGAGCUCCAUCGAGGGCAGAGUCGCUGUGGAGUAUCUGGAUCCCAGUCUGGAGGUGCAGAAGAAGAAAUACGCCUUCAAGUGCCACAGACUGAAGGAGAACGGCAUCGAGCAGGUCUUUCCGGUCAACGCCAUCUCCUUCCACAGCGUCCACAACACGUUUGCCACCGGCGGUUCUGACGGCUUCGUGAACAUUUGGGAUCCGUUCAACAAGAAGCGUCUGUGUCAGUUCCACCGUUACCCCACGAGCAUCGCGUCUCUGGCGUUCAGUACAGAUGGCUCUCUGCUGGCCAUCGCCUCCUCGUACAUGCAGGAGCAGGGAGACGUCUCUCACCCCGCCGACGCCGUCUUCAUCCGCCAGGUGACCGACGCCGAGACCAAGCCCAAGUGA